UCAACACAUGAAUCAAGUUUUCUUUUUUCCUUUUUUUUCUGCGGAGGCGCUGCAUGUUUUGAUGUUAAGGCCCAGCUUAUGUUACCUUUUGUAUGAGAAGUUUCAUCUUACACCUCUUUGUUACUUGUUGGCCACUAUAAAUGGGGAGAAAUGGCAACAAAUAGCCAGACCAAAAAAUGAAGACUCUCAGGUGGGACCUCAGAACAAUGAAGCUAGUGAUCCUCGUGUGCCAGCUUGGCCUCGUUCUGAGGGCGGGUGCCCAGGUGCCUGAAAGUUGCAUCGGACAUGAGACAUACAGACCUCCAGAAUUCAGGGACAUAACUGCCACCUGUGGCACCGAGUAUAUUACCCUGAACAUCUACCUGUGCCCAGUGUACCAAGCUCUCUACACUGAGUCUCUCAUGGUCCUCAAUAAUCAAUACGACAAACCCGAGUGUUUCGGGAUGGCUGACUGGGCCGCUGACCCACCGGUCUUGAAGUUCAUAAUCUCCUUAAAGGAAAAUUCCCUCUCAUCCUGCAAUACUACGCUGAAGGUAAUGGUAGCUUUUCCAACUUCUUUUAUCAAAUGAGACACUUUUUUUCUUGUGGUUUGAGCAUUAAGUAGAUUUUCCAGACAAUAAUCAGAAAAUGUGUGUUUUUUUAACAGAUAAUAGAUCAUUUGGGGGGCGGGCUUUUUGGUGACUUCUCAAAUGUGCAGUCGGUCAACAUCUCCGGCACUGUUACCUCUGUGAACACUGCUACAGGUAUGAUCACCUACCAAUCGCAGAUCCUGUACAAGUUCUCCUGCCUCUACCCGAUGCAGUACCUCCUGAACAACACCAAACUGGCUGUAUCUGGUGCGAGUCUCAUGAUAAAAGACAACAAUGGGAGCUUCAUCAGCACACUGAGUAUGCAACUCUGCAGAGACAACCUAUACAAAGAACUUCUCAUUAUCCCAGAAGAAGGACUCAGCCCAAGGACAGAGAUUUAUGUUGCAGUUAAGGCUACUGAACUAUCAGACAGAUUCAACGUGCUGCUGGACAGAUGCUAUGCAUCAACCAGCCCAUAUCUCACACACAGCACCUAUCAUGACCUUUUUAUUGGGUGUGCACGUGAUGCACACACUAAGGUGGAGCUCAACGGGGCGUCUCAGGUGGCGCACUUCUCCUUCGAGGCCUUCAGAUUCACGGAGCACAGAAAUCAGACAGUCUCCACCUUCUACCUGCACUGCAUCACCCGACUGUGUGAGGUGUCUUCGUGUAGCCGACUAUUGCCUAACUGCAGCUCUUCCCGUCGAAUGUCAAAGAGAGAGGCCCAGUCUGUGUCUGACAGCACGACCGUCACUUCUUCUGCCAUCCACGUGGGAACGCUGGACACCGACGCUGUGCUGAGCACCACAGACGUGCCUCCACGUUAUCCCACUUUGGAACAAAACAUAUAUAAAAACGAUCCUCCAGCUUCCUCAGUUUUUAAUGGUGGGGCUACAUCAUCUCCGAGCUGCUACAGCAUCCCCUCAGUGGCUCCUUCAUAUGGCUUUAUUGACAGCACAGCUGAAGAGAUGACAGGAAGCAAAGAGCCCCGGGCCGGGACUCGAACCCGGGGCUGCUGCAGCGAGGACAAAUCCUCUGUACACGGGAUGCCACCUCCACCAACCGAGCUAAACGGCGCCCUGCUUCCAACCUCUUCUACACAAUGUUGGCUGGACAAAAGUCCAUUUGGCAGUCACAUAUAUGUUCAAUUAAAUUAAUACAAUAAAUAAAAAAAAAGGG